ACACUGCCCAGCUGACGCAAACGCCAGCCACGUUGUGAAAACGCCGACUAGAAACUACGAACGUAUCGAAACUAAACAGCGACUAAAACCAAAACGUAGAUAUCAUGGUGCUGGAUCUGGAUCUGUUUCGCAGCGACAAAGGCGGCAACCCGGACGCCGUGCGCGAGAACCAGAAGAAGCGCUUUAAAGAUGUGGGACUCGUGGAAACGGUGAUUGCCAAGGACACGGAGUGGCGACAGUGUCGCCACCGCGCGGACAACCUGAAUAAGGUGAAGAACGUGUGCAGCAAGGUGAUCGGCGAGAAGAUGAAGAAGAAGGAGCCGGUAGGCGUCAUGAGCGAAGAUCCGCCGGCCAGCGUCACAAAGGAUCUCACUGAGAUCGUCCCCGAAACCCUGCAGCCGUUGACCGUCAGCCAGAUCAAGCAGUUGCGCAUCCUCAUCGAUAAUGCCAUGAUCGAGAAUCAGAAGUCGCUGGAGUUGGCCGAACAAACGAGGAACACUUCGUUACGGGAGGUGGGCAACCACCUGCACGAAUCGGUGCCCGUUUCCAACGAUGAAGAGGAGAACCGGGUGGAGCGCACCUUCGGCGACUGCGAGAAGCGCGGAAAGUAUUCACACGUUGACCUCAUCGUAAUGAUCGACGGCAUGAACGCAGAGAAGGGAGCUGUGGUGUCCGGCGGACGUGGCUACUUUCUCACUGGAGCCGCUGUCUUCCUGGAGCAGGCCCUUAUCCAGCACGCCCUGCACCUACUGUACGCCCGCGACUACGUGCCCCUGUACACGCCCUUCUUCAUGCGCAAGGAGGUUAUGCAGGAGGUGGCCCAGCUGUCGCAGUUCGAUGAGGAGCUCUACAAGGUGGUGGGCAAGGGCAGCGAGAAGGCCGAGGAAGUGGGCACUGACGAGAAGUACUUGAUCGCUACCUCGGAACAGCCCAUCGCCGCAUACCAUCGCGACGAGUGGCUGCCAGAGGCUUCGCUGCCCAUUAAGUAUGCCGGUCUGUCCACCUGCUUCCGCCAGGAAGUCGGCUCCCACGGUCGGGACACGCGCGGAAUAUUCCGCGUCCACCAGUUCGAAAAAGUGGAGCAGUUCGUGCUUACAUCGCCGCACGACAACAAGUCCUGGGAGAUGAUGGACGAAAUGAUCGGCAACGCGGAGCAAUUCUGCCAGUCGCUGGGCAUUCCAUACCGAGUGGUGAACAUUGUCUCUGGUGCCCUAAACCACGCCGCCUCCAAGAAACUGGAUUUGGAGGCCUGGUUUGGCGGCAGUGGCGCCUACCGAGAGUUGGUAUCAUGCUCCAACUGCCUGGACUACCAGGCCCGUCGGCUGCUUGUGCGUUACGGUCAGACCAAGAAGAUGAACGCCUCCGUUGACUACGUGCACAUGCUGAACGCCACAAUGUGCGCCGCCACUCGCGUCAUCUGCGCCAUCCUGGAGACUCAUCAGACCGAGACGGGCAUCAAGGUGCCGGAGCCGCUGAAAAAGUACUUACCGGCCAAGUUCCAGGACGAGAUUCCGUUCGUCAAGCCCGCUCCUAUUGAUCUGGAGCUGGCUGCCGCCGAGAAGCAAAAGGGAAAGAAGGAAAAGACCAAGAAGGAUCCUGCUGCCGGUUAAUUCUUAAGACCACUCAAUUACUAUGAAAUACACGCUAAGCUAAGCUUGCGAAGUCCUUUAAAUUUUGUUUACUUAUCGACUUACCUUAUAUUUAUGGCAUUUAUAGAAAUUUUAAUAUGAUUAAACUGGAUCAAGCUGCGCUUCGAAUGCAA